AUGGAGCUGGCCCCGCCACGCCUGCAGUACCUGCUGGAGCCCCUCCACCCCACGGUGCACACGCAGCGCGGCGCCACGGCCACCCUGCCCUGCGUCCUGCGCGCCCUGCCCCACAACUACCGCGUCAAGUGGAGCAAGGUGGAGCCGGCCAACUACGGCGAGAGCGUCAUCAUCAUCACCAACGGSAUGUACCACAAGAACUACGGGCCGCUGAGCCCGCGGGUGCGCCUGCGGCACAGCCACCGCUACGACGCCUCGCUCACCAUCACCGACGUGGCGCUGGAGGACGAGGGGAGAUAYCGCUGCCAGCUCGUCAACGGGCUGGAGGAUGAGAGCAUCUCGCUCACGCUGCACCUGGAGGGUGUCGUGUUCCCUUACCAACCCAGCAACGGGCGCUACAAAUUCAACUACCACGAAGCCAAGCGAGCCUGCGAGCAGCAGGACUCCCGCCUUGCCACCUACCAGCAGCUGUACAAAGCCUGGACAGAGGGUCUGGACUGGUGCAACGCUGGCUGGAUCCUCGACGGAACCGUCCACUACCCCAUUAUCAACUCGCGGGAGCCAUGUGGUGGCCGCCUCCUCCUGCCCGGUGUCCGGACCUACGGUGCCAAGGACAAGCAGAAGGACCGUUUCGAUGCUUUCUGCUUCACCUCCGCUCUUCAAGGCCAGGUUUAUUUCAUCCGGGGCCACCUGAACUUCAAGGAGGCUGGGCAAGCGUGUCGCAACCACGGGGCAGCCAUGGCCAAAGUGGGCCAGCUCUACUCGGCCUGGAAGUUCUCUCAGCUGGAUCGCUGCGACGGGGGCUGGCUGGCRGACGGCAGYGUCCGGUACCCCAUCACCACACCCCGCCAGCGCUGCGGGGGCYUGCCCGACCCCGGCGUCCGCAGCUUCGGCUUCCCCAGCAAGGAGAUGAGGACCUACGGCACCUACUGCUUCGUGGGGAAGUAAGAACUCUGAGAGGAGAGGUGGGCUGAGAAAAGGGGACGGUGUUGGGAUGCCAGCCCUCGUCACCUGGGUAGAGAGCGUGAGGCGGGGUAGGAGGGGUGGUCUCCCAGCRGUUUUGGGUGGCUCGUGCAUCCUCUGGUGAACUGGUAGAGCUGGAUUUGGGUGCUCAGUGCAUCCUCUGAUGGAGUGGGUGCCCACGUCCCUGCUGUGAGGUUCGUGGGGUGUUUGGGACUUACUGGAGAAGCCAGACCCACUGCUGGACCAGGAACGGGGGAUCUAAUCCAUCCCCCUCAGCAAACAGCACAGGCUGCCCAUUCCCAAACCCCAGUGAAUCCCUUGCCCCAUCCUCGCUCCCCGCAGCCACGAGGACUCUGGUGGCUCUGGCCUGUGACCACAGCUAGUGGCUCGGGCUGGUGGCCCUGGCUGGUGGCCCCACUCAUGGCUCUGGCUGGUGGCCCACUGGUGGCCCCACUGGUGGCACCACUGGUGGCACCACUGGUGGCUCUGGCUGGUGGCCCCACUGGUGGCACCACUGGUGGCACCACUGGUGGCUCUGGCUGGUGGCCCCACUGGUGGCUCUGGC